AGAUUGGGGACCACUGGUCUAACCUGUCCACCUCAGGGGAUCCCAUAUACAGGAUCUAUUCCUGGAGGCCUGCACCCUGGAGAGAUCAUCAUCAUUCAGGGCACUGUACUAUCAAAUGCUGACAGGUUCCAGAUUGACCUAUCCUGUGGCGGCAGUACCAAGCCGCCUUCUGACGUGGCCUUGCACUUCAGCGCUCACUUCAAGGGCUCGCCCUGCGUGCGAUGCAACUCCCUGCUGCAGGAGAGCUGGGGCCAAGAGGAGACCCUGCAACCGCUGCCCUAUAAACGCGGGGCCCCAUUCAAAACCAUCAUCCUGGUGCACAAGGACACUUUCAAGGUAGCAGUAAACGGAGCUCACCUCCUGGAAUACAAACAUAGAAUCCCACUAAAUAGGAUCAACACAUUUUCUGUGUCUGGGAAGGUCCAAGAGCAGGCUAUAGGCUACAUCCUAAACUCUGCAAUAUACUCAGAGUCUAGUGACUUGGAGGAGCGGGAGUUGGUCUUUUUCCCCUUUUCUCCUGGAGAGUAUUUUGAGGUAAACUACACUGUUGUAUUUCUUGAAAAAUAA